CGAAACGCUAUAAGGGGUAGAGUAACACUAACAGUGCUUUAAUUUUUCGCGUUGCGGACGGAUUUAUUACUAACUUGGAGAAACACUGGUUGCUGGUGAACAAUUAUCUUCAUACCUCCAUCCAACAUUAUGGCAAAGUGCUGCAAGACACCACCCGAACUGAAUUCACUGGGACGCAUGUGGUACUGUGUCUUCGUCGUAUGUACAUUCCUAUACCUUCUCAUCGACGCUGUCAAACGUUACACUUAUUACAACACCACUGAAUGGCCAGAGGACGGUAAACCAAGCACUCAACUUACGUUCUACAUCAUCCUUAUCACCAUCUCCCUUUUAGCGAUCCUAGCUUUCGUCCCUACACAGAUCCUGCAAAUCGGUAAUGCGCCAAACGAUGAUAAGAAAUUGGGGAAGAAACAGCACGAGAAGAAAUUUGAUAUGGGAUACGAUGCAAGAAAGGGUCCCGGGAGAGCUAGGCGGAUGCUGAAACAUGUUGGUCCAGUUGGCGCAACUCUGCAUGUAUUUUCAGCGUUCUGUUUAUUGCUGCCGAUUCUGUUGCUACAGUCUGCUGAAAUAGAACAGUCUCGUCUACCAGCAGAAGCAAUAUGGUCAACUGAAUUGGAUUUUAUUUUUGGUAGUUCGUACAAGUCCGUCGCUUUGGUAACUGAUUUUGAAGCAAUGUCUACCCCUGUUCCAACUGCUGCAAAAGAAGUAACAGCAUACAACUUCUACGCCAAUCCAUCCGUCUCAAUCGCCUUCUUGAACUACCUAAUUCCGUUAUUCCUUUAUGCCGUUCGAUUUGCUGAUAUCUUUUCAAUCACGCACAGACUUUUCAGCGUUAUUUUCGCGACAGAAUUGGUGUUAAUUGCCAUCAACAAGAACGUCGCUAAGCAAGAAGCAAUCAUGCGCGCAAUGAAGCAGCUCCAGUCAACAGAAGAUACUGGCAGUCUUGAUCGACGUAUGCAGAAGAAUCCUUUGCACAAAAGCCAGGACUCUCUGAACAGAGAAAGAGACACAUUAAAGAAACAAAGCCCCAAAGUGCAAAGUGCACACACUGCUGGGACAUUGCCAAAAGCCUCGCCAGCUUUACCAGCCAAAAAAAGUGACUCCAAGCGAAAUAGUUUGGCAUCGGCAUCAUCUAAGGAUGCUGAAAUACAAGGUUGA